UAUUUUAAACACAAAGAAAGUUUAAACUUUAAAAGUGUUUUAAACAAGUAACGCUUCUGACAGAGGAAAACAAGGGAAACAGACACACUCAAGUUGUGUCAAGAGCACGGUUAUCUUGUUGCUCAGGACCACCUUGUUUUUCUUGUUCUGGCUUCAAUUUUUGGAGCUUUAGCUUUUCUGGGUUGUGAUCAUGUAAUAGAAACUCUGUAGUUUUAGUAUUCAAAAGAGAAGAAAAAAGAAGAGGGAGGUUUGUGAAGUUUUGAGUUAUAUAUAACAAUUAACAAACUCAAUUUCAUUGCAAUAGAGCUGCAAAAGGAAAAAAUAUAGAAAAAAAAACAUGUCCUCUGCUUGGAUCACUUCCCUUUCAUGUUCUUCAGCAUCAUCAUCACUCUCAAGUCCACCUCAAUGGUUGAGAUUUGUGUUCCUUUCACCAUGUCCUCAGAGAGCUUUGUUUUCUGCUGUUGAUGUUCUUCUCUUGUUCACCUUCUCUGUGUUUGCCAUAAUAAAGCUUUACCAAAGGUUCUUUUCAAAUGGCAACAACAACAACAGCAGCAGCAUCACUUCCAACGGCCACAAUAACCACCAUAACAAUGAGCUCAACAAGCCCCUUAUCAGAAACAACAGAAGUUUCACCAAAAUAACAACCUUAUGGUUCAAGCUAACUCUCAUUGCAACAUCUGUUUUGGCUGCACUUUUCAUUGUUGCUUCCAUCUUGGUGUUCAGCAGUUCUAUAAUUCAGGCUCCAUGGAAGGUACUUGAUGGAGUGUUUUGGUUGGUUCAGGCAAUAACACAAAUUGUGCUUGCAAUCUUGAUCAUCCAUGAGAAGAGAUUUGAAGCUGUUAAUCAUCCUGUGUCACUUAGAAUCUAUUGGAUUGCAAGUUUCAUUGUUGUUUCUUUGUUUACAGCUUCCGGGGUUAUACGUUUCUCCACUUUAGAUGUUGACACUUUCAUGGUGGAUGACAUAGUUUCUUUUAUUUCCCUCCCUAUAUCACUUUUUCUUCUUUGUGUUGGGAUCAAAGGGUCAACUGGGAUUAAGUCCAGUGAAGACUCACAAGUUCCUAUUAAUGAUGAAAUCAAAGAAUCUGAGACCAUAUCGAAUGUCACUGGUUUCGCUUCGGCUUCUAUUGUAUCCAAGGCCUUUUGGAUUUGGAUCAACCCUUUAUUGAAUAAAGGGUAUAAGUCACCACUUAAGAUUGAUGAAAUUCCAUCACUUUCUCCUCAGCAUAGAGCUGAGAGGAUGUCAGUAAUAUUCGAAUCGAAAUGGCCUAAAUCGCAUGAGAGAUCGAAGCAUCCAGUUAGGACUGCAUUGCUCCGUUGUUUCUGGAAAGAGAUACUAUUCACUGCUUUCCUUGCUGUUGUGAGACUCUGUGUCAUGUUUGUAGGGCCAGUUCUCAUACAAAGCUUUGUUGAUUACACAUCCGGGAAAGGAAGCUCUAUAUAUGAAGGCUACUACCUUGUUUUGAUUCUCCUCUGUUCGAAAUUCGUGGAAGUUUUAACCACUCAUCAUUUCAAUUUCAACUCUCAGAAGCUUGGAAUGCUUAUAAGAUGCACCCUCAUCACUUCUCUUUACAAAAAGGGACUGAGGCUAACUUGCUCAGCAAGGCAAGACCAUGGUGUUGGUCCAAUUGUGAAUUACAUGGCUGUGGACACUCAGCAACUCUCUGAUAUGAUGCUUCAGCUGCACGCCGUGUGGAUGAUGCCAUUCCAAGUUGGCAUAGGCCUGUUCUUGCUCUACAACUGUUUAGGUGCUUCAGUGGUCACUGCCCUGCUUGGACUUCUUCUUGUUCUGAUUUUCAUUGUGAUAACCACUAGAAACAACAAGCAAUACCAGUUUAAGGCCAUGAUGAAUCGUGAUUCGCGUAUGAAGGCUGUCAAUGAGAUGCUUAAUUACAUGCGUGUGAUCAAGUUCCAGGCCUGGGAAGAGCAUUUCAAUGAUAGGAUCUUGAAAUUCCGUGGCUCGGAGUUCGGGUGGCUUUCAAAGUUCUUGUACUCAAUUUGUGGCAACAUCAUUGUGUUGUGGAGCACUCCUUUAGUUAUAUCAACACUCACAUUUGGCACAGCUAUUCUUCUUGGAGUUCCACUCGAUGCAGGCACGGUUUUCACCACUACAACUGUGUUUAAGAUCCUGCAGGAGCCUCUAAGGACCUUUCCACAAUCCAUGAUUUCGCUUUCACAGGCAAUGGUGUCACUUGGAAGGUUGGAUAGGUACAUGUCUAGUAGGGAAUUGGCAGAAGAUUCGGUCGAAAGAGACGAAGGGUGCAGCGGAAACAUUGCUGUGGUGGUUAGAGAUGGAACAUUUAGCUGGGAUGAUGAUGCCAAAGAGCAAGACUUGAAGAACAUCAAUUUGGAGAUCAACAAGGGAGAACUCACAGCUAUUGUUGGGACUGUAGGGUCUGGAAAAUCUUCUCUCCUUGCAUCAAUUCUUGGUGAGAUGCACAGAGUUUCUGGAAAGGUUAAAGUUUGUGGGAGUGUUGCAUAUGUUGCACAAACAGCUUGGAUUCAAAAUGGUACCAUUGAAGAAAACAUUCUCUUUGGUUUACCAAUGGACAGACAGAAGUACAAUGAAGUCAUCAAGGUUUGUUGCUUGGAGAAAGACUUGGAAAUGAUGGACCAUGGGGAUCAAACAGAAAUCGGAGAGCGUGGCAUCAACCUGAGUGGUGGCCAGAAGCAGCGCAUACAACUCGCCAGGGCCGUGUAUCAAGACUCUGAUAUUUAUCUUCUUGAUGAUGUCUUCAGUGCUGUUGAUGCACAUACUGGCUCUGAAAUAUUUAAGGAAUGUGUGAGAGGAGUUCUAAAAGGCAAGACCAUAAUUCUUGUAACUCAUCAAGUGGACUUCUUACACAAUGUAGAUCUUAUAAUGGUGAUGAGGGAUGGUACCAUAGUCCAAUCAGGAAAGUACAAUGAUCUACUUGAUUCUGGACUAGAUUUUGGCGCUUUGGUAGCUGCACAUGAGACCUCCAUGGAGCUAGUCGAACAAGGCGCUGCCAAUCCUGGCGAAAGUUCGAACAAACCAUUGAAAUCUCCAAAGGGUGUUUCCAAUCACAGAGAGGCCAAUGGUGAAAGCAAUUCUCAUGAUGCACCAAAUUCUAAGAAGGAAGGUUCUAAACUCAUCAAAGAAGAGGAGAGGGAAACUGGGAAAGUUAGCUUACAUAUCUAUAAACUCUACUGCACUGAGGCUUUUGGUUGGUGGGGAAUUAUUGGAGUAAUUUUUCUCUCUGUGGUGUGGCAAGCAUCCAUGAUGGCAAGUGAUUAUUGGCUGGCAUAUGAAACCUCGGCCGAGCGUGCUGAAUUCUUUGAUGCCUCUAAUUUCAUCUCUGUUUAUGGAAUUAUUGUAGCAGUUUCGAUUGUUCUGAUAGUGCUAAGGUCCUACUCUGUCACAAUCUUGGGACUAAGGACAGCACAGAUUUUCUUCUCACAAAUUCUUCAUAGCAUCUUGCAUGCUCCCAUGUCUUUCUUCGACACUACUCCAUCCGGAAGAAUUCUUAGUAGAGCAUCCACUGAUCAGACCAAUGUUGAUAUCUUUAUCCCCUUGUUCCUCCAAUUUGUUGUGGCAAUGUACAUUACAGUGAUCAGCAUCUUCAUCAUCACAUGUCAAAAUUCUUGGCCAACAGUCUUCUUGCUACUUCCUCUUCUUUGGCUGAACAUCUGGUAUCGGGGUUAUUUCCUAUCUACAUCUCGCGAAUUAACUCGCCUUGAUUCGAUUACAAAGGCACCAGUGAUUCAUCAUUUCUCUGAAAGCAUAUCUGGGGUCAUGACGAUUCGAGCAUUCGAAAAACAGAAAGAGUUUUGUGACGAAAAUGUUAACAGGGUGAAUGCUAAUCUGAGAAUGGAUUUCCAUAACUUUAGCUCCAAUGCAUGGUUAGGCUUCCGGUUAGAGUUGCUUGGAAGCUUAGUUUUUUGCAUAUCUGCUAUGUUCAUGAUCAUGUUACCAAGCAGUGUCAUAAAGCCAGAAAAUGUUGGUUUGUCUCUUUCAUAUGGAUUGUCCUUGAACUCGGUGUUGUUUUGGGCAAUAUACAUGAGCUGUUUCAUAGAGAACAAAAUGGUAUCUGUUGAGAGGAUAAAGCAGUUCACAAACAUUCCUUCAGAAGCAACAUGGAACAUUAAGGAUCGGUUGCCUCCUUCGAAUUGGCCUGGUCAAGGAAAUGUUGAUAUCAAAGACUUGCAGGUGAGAUAUAGACCAAACACUCCUUUGGUUCUUAAAGGCAUAACUUUAAGCAUUAGUGGAGGAGAAAAGAUUGGUGUGGUUGGUAGAACUGGGAGUGGAAAAUCAACUUUGAUUCAAGUGUUCUUUAGGCUGGUGGAACCUACAGGAGGGAAAAUAAUCAUUGAUGGCAUUGACAUAUCAGCAUUAGGGCUUCAUGAUCUUAGAUCAAGGUUUGGUAUCAUCCCUCAGGAGCCUGUUCUUUUUGAAGGCACAGUCAGAAGUAACAUUGAUCCAACUGGACAAUACACAGAUGAAGAGAUUUGGAAGAGUUUAGACCGUUGUCAACUAAAAGAAGCAGUGGCUUCUAAGCCUGAGAAGCUUGAAUCUUUAGUGGUUGAUAAUGGAGAUAACUGGAGUGUUGGACAGAGGCAGUUGCUUUGUUUAGGGAGGGUGAUGCUUAAGCAAAGCAGGCUUCUGUUCAUGGAUGAAGCAACAGCAUCUGUUGAUUCUCAAACAGAUGCUGUUAUCCAGAAGAUCAUCAGAGAGGACUUCGCGGCACGCACCAUAAUCAGCAUUGCUCAUAGAAUACCAACUGUCAUGGACUGUGAUAGAGUCCUAGUUGUAGAUGCAGGGCUUGCUAAAGAAUUUGACACACCCUCCAAUUUGAUUCAGAGGCCAUCACUCUUUGGAGCAUUAGUUCAAGAAUAUGCCAACCGUUCUAGUGGACUAUAACAAACCCUUUAAAUGCAUCUCAUCAAUAUAGAUAUAGAGAGAGGGAAAUGGAAGGGCAAGAAUGAGAUCAAUUAAGAUUUUUCUGCUUCAUUCAUCCUUGUGAUGCAUUAUUUUAGAGAAUUGAAGCAGGAAGAAUGCUUGUAAAUUGGUAUCCUAAUUCAAUUGCAUUUGGCCUAAGUAGUGCCAGUAUAGUAUGCCAAAUGCAGCUAUGAUAGGUCCUAAUUUUUGAUGCUACAAUAAUAAUGUUGUAAUGAAUAAUGAAUUGAUCCUUUGUAUUUUGUUUAAUUAUGUAACAUUAGAAAGCUUUGAAUACAUCUUUCUAG